AUGGCAGCACUGAACCCCAACAACCAGCAACAAGCUGACAAGAGAAUAAUAGGAUUCGAAUUCCAUGAUUACAAGUCCAGUUUUGAUGAUGUCACCAACAACCAUUGGCCUGUGUGUGGGUCCUUCCCUGUCCCCUGCCCUAACCAGUGUGGUUCAACUAUCCAAUGUCAGAAUAUAGACAGCCAUGUUGCCGAUGAGUGCCCCCUGACCACCAUCAACUGUGACUUUCACCACGUGGGCUGUGCUGUAAAACUCCCUCGACAAAACAUGCCAGAACACCUGAGAGAGAACAUACUCACACACAUCUCUCUAUUAGCCACCAGCCAUGCCAAGCAACAAGACAAAAUAAUCAGACUGGAAGCUGAGAACAAUACUUUCAAGAACAAACAAGAACACUUAGAACAGAAUUACCAAUCUCUGAAAGCUGAAAAUAGAAUACUUAAAACUGAAUUGGAGCCAAUGCAACAACUACUCAAAACAGCACCUCCCAUCGUGAACUCUAGCCCUCUUGGUCCACUGGAGCCCCCUGUCCUUACAAUGAUCAACUUCCAACAGUGCAGGAAAGAUUACGAUCAAUGGUACUCCCCUCCAGUCUACAGCCACUAUCAGGGCUACAAGAUCUGUCUCAAAGUGGACGCUAACGGCUCAAACUUUGGUAAAGGGACACACGUCUCUGUGUACGUGUUCUUCAUGAGAGGAGAGUUUGACGAUUCUCUGAAAUGGCCGUUUCGCGGUGCGAUUUCAGUGCAACUACUGGAACAGGUGAACGGCAUGGAUCAUGAAACAUACACGACACCUAUAAUGGGAGCUGUGCCAGAGUGA